UGAAUGUCAAUUGUCAAAGAGGCAGAGAAAAUAGUUUACAAAUUGGAAUUUUUGUUGUUUGGCGCCUGAAAAGAAUUUGCUCUGGCAAAAUGUCCGAGGAAACAGCAACAGCUCCAGCAGUAGCAGCCCCCACCAAAUCCAACCUCACCACAGCCCAGAGAUCGCGCAUUGAGCGGAAUCUGGCCAAGGCCCAGAGGUUGCGGGAGGCAAAACUUGUCUCGUAUCCUUACAAGGAGCUCGGCAACCACCUUGGCGAUACUCAGCCAGAGGGAGGGCCCAGUCAGGGUGCCUCGGUGAUCAAGGUGCAGGGCACCAAAUACAUUGACAGUGGCGGUGGCUUCCUGCUGGAACAGCCAGUGUUGCCUGCGGCUGGCGCAACAGCAGGGGCUGGCAAGCCCGAGGAUGGAGCAGCGCCCAUCAUCGAGGAUGAUGCCAUUGCCAUACCGGUGGUGUACGAGGAGUGCCUGGAGUGCGGCGAGCCGUUCGCCGACUCUUAUCUGUUCACCAAUUUCGGGCACUCGGUGUGCGACAAGUGCCGGGACAACGAGGAGCGCCACUCACUAAUCACCCGCACAGAGGCUAAGGCCGAGUAUCUGCUAAAGGACUGCGACUUUGACAAGCGCGAGCCAAAGUUGCGCUACAUUAGCCGCAAGAAUCCACACAACGUGCGCUGGGGCGAGAUGAAGCUCUACCUGCACUCGCAGGUGCAGAAGCGUGCCAUGGAGGUGUGGGGCAGCGAGGAGGAGCUCGUGCGCCAGCACGAGGGUCGCGAAGAGAAGCGCGAGGUGGGCAAGGCCCGCAAGUACAACAAGCAAAUGAAGCAACUCCGCAUGGAGGUCCGCAGCAGUGUUUAUACCAAGAAAACGCAUGCCAUACACGAGCACGAAUUUGGCCCGGACACCUACAACGAGGAGGAGGAUGAGUAUACGCACACCUGCCUCACCUGUCCCUACACCGAAACCUACGAAAAGAUGUAGAGUCACCUAAGAGAGAGAGAGAGAGAGAAACCCAUAGUAUUCAUUUAAAAACCUAUUUCGCCAUAGCCUGUAAGACCCUUGAAGGGAUAACUUCUGAUUCUGAUUUAAAAUUGUAUUUGAAUGUC